CUUAAACAUCAAAUCAUGACUACAACUGUUACUACUCUAUCUGGCACUCAACCUACAGCACCUGUUAGGCUAGUGAUGAAUGAACAACCCUUUGAAAACAAGGUGUUUGUGGGCAACUUAUCAUUCAAGACUACAAAGGAGUCGUUGACUGCAUUUGCGGAAAAGUCUGGUAAAAUUUUAGAGACAGUCAUCAUCAAGCGAGGCCGAAGACAUCUUGGCUAUGGUUUCAUUACCUUUGAAAAAGAAGACGAAGCCAAAAGAGCAGCCAAGGAUCUUAACAAGAAGGAACUGGACGGUCGCGAGAUUAAUGUUGAAGUGGCCCGUCCCAAGUCGGAGCUUCCUUCCAAAAGGACGCCAAAGGUAUCAUCCUCUCGUAGAAAAAGACGUGUCAAAAAAGUAAACAAGGCCAAGAAGGAAGAGAAUAGUGCCUCUACAAAUAUUACACAAAUCGAAAAGCUUGAUCGAGAUCGCUCAAAGACAAUUAUCUUUGUCGCUAACCUGCCAUUUACCACAAAAGAAGAAGACUUGAAAGAGCUCUUUAAGAAUUAUAAAGUGGCCUCAGUUCAUGUCGUUCGUAUGAGAAAGGGAAGGUCAAGAGGAUAUGGAUUUGUUGAAUUUGAGAAUGAUGAGGAACAGAAGAAAGCGAUUGAAAAUAUGAAGGAUGUGACUUUGGAGGGUCGUUCUGUCUACCUCAAGGUUGCGUAUUCUAGACAGGAAAGAGAUGACGAUAAAGAGAAAACAAAAGAAAAAGAAGAAAAAUUAAAAGAGGAUAAGGCCAAAGAAGAAGAAAAGAAAGAAGUUAAAGUAGUCAAAGAAGAAAAGAAAGAUGAAGCUAAAAUAAUCAAAGAAGAAAAGAAAGAAGAUGUCAAAAUAGUCAAAGAAGAAAAGAAGGAAGAAGUCAAAGUAAUCAAAGAAGAGGUCAAAGAAGUCAAAGUAGUCAAAGAAGAAAAGAAGGAAGUCAAAGAAAUCAAGGAUACCAAGAAUGACAAAAAUGUCAAAGAAAUAAAAGAUACCAAGGACGUUAAAGAAAUCAAAGAUAAAAAGGAACCUGCAAGCGUAAAAGAAGCAGAUAAAAAGGCUAAAGAAGAAAAGGUUGACACUAAAUAAGCUUAUAAUGUAAACAAAAGUGUAAGUAUGAAAUUAGAAAUAAAGUUGGUUUUGUUGCAUGAUUUCUUUAUUUUCAUGUUGCAUACAUUUGUCUACACUUUAUUCGCACACUGAUAAAAAAUGAUAAUUUCAGACAACA